AUGCCGCCCCGCCGCUCGACACGGAGCAAGGGCACCAACAAAGCCCCCGACGCUGCUCCCACGCCCUCGCCGAGCCACGCUGUCGACAUCGACGACUCGCACAAGAGCGAGUCGGCGGCCACCUCGCCUGCGCCUGUCGGCACCCGCAAGGCCAAAGCCGCCCGCAAGACCAAGCACGAGGCUCACAACAGCUCUGGCGAGGAGAGCCCGCCCAGGAAGCGCAAGACGCAGCCCGGUGCGCCUCGUGCGCCCAAGCCCAAGCCCGUCUUCAGCAUCGACCUCCUGCUCAAGCUCCCGUUUGACCUCGUCGCCGAGAUCUGCUCGCACCUCAACGGCGGCGAGCUCCUCCAGCUCUCGCGUACCUGCAAGACGCUCUACAAGUUCCUCCUCGGCCCGCAGUCGUCGUCCAUCUGGGCGGCGUCCCGCCUGCGCCGCAAGCUGCCGCUGCCCGACAACACGACCGAGCAGCAGCUCGCCAGUCUGCUCCAUGACGACGAGUGCUUCGAGUGCGGCGACGUGACGACGUACCCGGCCGACCUCUUCCUCCGUUGCCUCGUGUGCAACUCGUGCAAGAAGAACCUCGUCGUCAUCAAGGGCAGCAAGAUCCGCAACGGCCUCAAGGGCCUGCACCCGCAGGCUCGCAACUGCGUGCGCUUCGACCCCGGGCACGAGUGGGCCGCCAAGCCGCAGCCCACCUACCUCGUGCGCGACCUGUGGGCGGUGAGCACCGUCCUCUACGACCUCGCCGAGCAGGACGCCCUCGCCAAGCAGGCCAUCAAGGCGUCGUCGAGGUCCAAGCGCGCCAAGGGCAACCUCGGCACGGCGGCCGACUCGGACAAGCUCGACAAGUUCCUCGAGGAGAAGAAGGAGUGGGUCAAGAAGGAGCAGGAGAUGUCCAUCAAGCUCCGCGACGCCAUCCAGGCCGAGAAGGUGGCCUUCCAGUAUGGCCGCAUAGACGAGAUGAUGCGUGUCGCCGAGGAGCGCGCGGCCAAGAUCGACAGCAUCAACCGCGAGCUCGAGAUGAACCACGGCUGGACGAGGGCGCAGCUCGACUGGCAUCACCGCGCCUCUGCGAGGGCCCCGCGCCGCGAGCCGGCGGACGACCCCCCAGCCUGGGCCAACUUCCGCGACGUCGUUCAGCUCGAGAUCGAUCGCCAUGCCGCCAUCGUCGCCACGGCCGCAGCUCGCCGAGCUCGCCUCGACUCGGUCAAGCCGUACUACGAGUCGUUCAAGGCCGCCCAGCUCGGCGUCCUGCAGGACGCCGUUCCCGAGCUGCGCUACUUCAUCGAGUGGGCCUCGAUCAAGCCGCUGUGGGAGCCCGACACCGCCGCGCCGCUCUCGGACCGCAUCUGGGCUCGCGCGCUGCCCGUCAUCCGCCAGAACUUUGCCGACUACCAGGAGACGCUGCGCGUGGCAGCGAUCCGCGCCAUCCUCAAGGCGACGACGGGCAAGGCGCCGACGUCGACCGACCCGGCCGACUACCCCGAGUCGACCUACGACGAGGAAUGGUUCCAGCGCCCGACGGCCCACUUCUUCGGCGAGAUGGUCACGAGCCCGCCGGGCUACAUCACGCGCGGCCCGUACCCGUACCCCGACACCCUGCACGCGCACAAGUGCGUCGGCUCGCGCAUCGACUGGUUCGCCCAGCACAUCGACGCGCACCAGGUGCGCCUCGUGCGCCUCGUCCUCGAGGGCCUCGGCGAGACCGAGGACUCGGUCACGGUCGACAUCCUGUGCGAGCUCGGCGCCGUGUGGCGCUGGAAGAACAUGCCGUACAAGGUCAAGAAGGAGAAGGAGAGGCGGUACCGCUUCACGGAGCUCAUCUACGCCCUCCAGCGUCGUGGCCCCAAGCCGGCGCAGCUCGCUCGCGGCGAGAACGUCCCCGAGAUCGGCCUGUGGGACGACGCCUUCGCGGAGUGGGGCAUGGACAUGGCCAUGGAGGAGGCGUGGGCCAUGGGCUUGGGCUUGGGCAUGGACGAGGAGGAGGAGGAGGAGUGCUGGAACGAGGCGGCGCUCGAGGACCCGGGGUGCGGCUGA